AAACAACCGCAUCGUUUGACGUAAGUCUUUCGCAAUACGUCAAAACUAAUACGAGAAGUACAUAUCAACCCUUUACGGUGACAGCCUUCCACUCCACAAAAAACACACGUCUCCUAAUUCGAACAAAAGUUUACAAUUCCGGCACCCACAUUAAAAUCGAAGGUGCAGUAGAAUUGCGAUCUAUUGCGAAAUACAAAACCCCACUUUCGUUAUACCCAAAUACUCUUCGCCAUCAACGGACAAAAACAGUACAAUUGUCCCUUCCCAAUCCCGCCGUGCAACAAUUGUCCCGGAGCAUUGCACAAAAUACCUCACCAACAAAAAAACCACGCCUUGAUAAACCCACAACAAACGAAAAAGAUUCGAGCCAAUCAGUUCAGACCAAUCAUGUUGAACGACGAACUGAUUGA